GAGACACAUCGGAUCACGACAGAACGCGCGGAGCCAGCGGCCUGUAACAGAUGCACGUCGUCCGAGAAUAAAGGGAUCAAGCCGGAUAUGAUCUGCGGCGCCGCUCGCUGCUGCUGCUGAAGCCUCUCGUCGCGCCGCCCGGGCCGCUUCCUGGACCUCCUCCGACCCUCGGUGACAGCGGCUCGGCGUCAGGGCACGGCGGAGCGGAGCGGGGAGGCACAGCCCGGAUCCUCGGAGUAGACCCCCUCCCUCCCUGCUGCCUUCCCCCGGCAGGCUGAGCUCAGCCCAGCGCGGCUCGGUGGCUCCGUCCGCGGACCGAAGCGCUGCCGCUCCGAGACGCUCCACUGCUAGCGCGGCUAGCUCGCCCCAGCUAGCUAGCUAGCGGGUCCGGAACCAGUCGACUUCAGCUCGGAUUUUUGCUCAUUUCGCGGCCCGCAGCGCGGACGGACGGACGGACGGACGGACGGAGGAUGUCGGCCAAAGAGCAGAACAAACUCUCCACCGUCGAUCGACCCAUCAAAGCGGUCCCGUACCCUCCCGGGACCCGCCUCACGGUCAAGGACCUGUACGUGGAUGGGCGGCCCAGCGUGGAGCUGCUGAAGGCCCACCUGGUGAAGGAGGGCCGGCUGGAGGAGGAGGCCGCCCUGAGGAUCAUCAACGAGGGCGCCGGCAUCCUGAGGCAGGAGAAGUGUAUGCUGGAGGUGGAGGCGCCCAUCACAGUGUGCGGUGACGUCCACGGCCAGUUCUUCGACCUGAUGAAGCUGUUCGAGGUGGGAGGUUCUCCCAGCUCCACCAGGUACCUGUUCCUGGGAGACUACGUGGACCGAGGCUACUUCAGCAUCGAGUGUGUACUGUACCUGUGGGCGCUGAAGAUCAACCACCCCAACACCUUGUUCCUGCUCAGAGGCAACCACGAGUGCCGACAUCUCACAGAGUACUUCACCUUCAAACAGGAGUGUAAAAUAAAGUACUCUGAGCGAGUAUACGAUGCCUGCAUGGAGGCGUUCGACUGCCUUCCUCUGGCGGCGCUCCUCAACCAGCAGUUCCUGUGCGUUCAUGGAGGCCUGAGCCCUGAGAUCACCUGCCUGGACGACAUCCGGAAGCUGGACCGGUUCAAGGAGCCUCCAGCCUUCGGGCCGAUGUGCGACCUGCUGUGGUCGGACCCCGGCGAGGACUACGGCUCGGAGAAGACCCAGGAGCACUUCUGCCACAACAGCGUCCGAGGCUGCUCGUACUUCUACAGCUACCCGGCGGUUUGUGACUUCCUGAUGAACAAUAACCUGUUGUCUGUAAUACGAGCACACGAAGCCCAGGACGCCGGGUACCGAAUGUACAGGAAAAGUCAGACGACGGGCUUCCCUUCCUUAAUCACAAUCUUCUCUGCUCCCAACUACCUGGACGUGUACAAUAACAAAGCGGCGGUGCUGAAGUACGAGAACAACGUGAUGAACAUCCGGCAGUUCAACUGCUCCCCCCACCCCUACUGGCUGCCCAACUUCAUGGACGUCUUCACCUGGUCGCUGCCCUUCGUCGGGGAGAAAGUGACGGAGAUGCUGGUGAACGUGCUGAACAUCUGCUCCGAUGACGAGCUCAUGUCUGAAGGCGACGACACCUGUGAGGGCGGAGCUCCGGCUGUGAGGAAGGAGGUGAUCAGAAAUAAGAUCAGAGCGAUCGGCAAGAUGGCUCGCGUCUUCUCUGUGCUCAGGGAGGAGAACGAGAGCGUGCUGCAGCUGAAGGGCCUCACCCCGACAGGAACCCUCCCUCUGGGGGUUCUGUCCGGAGGCCGGCGGACUCUGCAGAGCGGUGAGUGAGCGACUAACCCGAGUCAGCCGACACUAACUGACCCGCCUGCACUAACCAGCGGCACCAGCAAAACCAGCAACACCAGUAACACACAGUCAGGGGAUGUGGGGGUGUGUUCAGAGAGACGCCUGCUGCCCUGCAAACGCCGCUCAGAGCGUGUUGUCAGGACGUGUUCCAUGUGGUUCUGAGCUCUAACGGGACGGUUCUGGGUUCUGGCGCUGAUUGAACUCAUCGGCCGUGUUCUGUAAUCACAGGGUCCGUUGAUCUGGUGGUUGAUUUUUAUUAAACGUUAAUUCUGUGAACAACAAUCGAAAAACAUCCAGGUUAUGGUCACAUGUGAGCAGGAUGACAUCAGCGUGAGGCCCCGCCCCUCUGGUACAGUUCUGGACGUGAUCAGGAAAUACUGGACUUUAUUGAUUAAUGAUGAAUUCACCGAUCAUCAUUGUACUGGUGGUGUUUGUCUUCACUUCUGUUGGUUUAAGGAUCAUGUCUGGAUAUUUCAUUCUGAUGUUUUUUACCUUUUCUAUGUAUGACAUCAUUAAAUGAACAGUUUCUAAGGAUCCUGAUUGGCUGAGGAAACCAGAGAAACCCUGAACUAUUUUAAACUGCGUUCAAAAUCCCCGUUUAGACGAAACAGGAAGUCGGCUCCGGUCCUCCAGCUGAUUGGCUGAUCGGUGCACUGUCACGUUAAAAGGCUCUGCUCAGGGUUGGUGAAGCAUGCUGG